GUUUACUAAGGGCCGGUGCAAGGCCAAUAAACACGUUGCAUAGUGUGGUUGGGCGGGAACACACGGUUGUGAGUAUAUGUGUAACAGGAACGGAGUGGUAAGUGCCGCUUACUCAACAUAGGUAGCUAGCUAUUCAACGAGAAAGAUAAUUGAACUGCGCUAUGGCUCUGUUUGUAUGAAUAUUCUGAAAUGAAUCACAAGAUGUAACUUUGAGAAUAAGUGAAAGCAGAUCUUCUGUUCAUUCAUACAGCUAAAGUUAGCAUGUAAAAAGAAGGCUCAGCCCUCCUUGAAUGGAAUCUGCUCUGUCUAUUACAGGAACGGAAAACCCAUCAGAUUACUACAUAUUGCGUUUAACUAGAUCAAUACAUACAUGCAGACUAUUUGCUAACAAAUUAAGCUACAUUAACUAGCUAGCAAAGGCUGGGUGCCAGAUUUGUCACUUGUGUUGCUAUUUCUUGGUCAUUUCUACAUACAACACGAAUGUCUUAAUAUUUGGUAGGUCGUGAGUUGGUCAAGGCAGAGAAAGAACCAAUGAUGUGUUGGAAAGAACUGUAUGAAUGAUCAGGAACGUUUGCAGUCUACACGGAGUUGCAUCCAUUUCCUGGUUUGAUUCUUCGCCACAUCAACCUGGCAGUGCUCAUGUCCUUAUCUGGAGCGUACUCAUUACGCCGAUUCUGUUGCAAAACGUCUCUUAAACGGAAGCAAACGGGGAGGGACAUACCUGAAUUGUCCAAUAUAAACUCUCGUUUUAGUUGCAAUGCUUGGACUAAUGCUUACACCCCUGGUUGGAACAGACUGGGGCACGUCUUUUAAACCCAGUCAGUGAUUUCAUUAGGCAAAUAAUGUUGGUGUAAGAUAACUGGUUAAUAGAUCGUGUGACGUGUUUAACAUUGUUCAAGUUAGUUUUCCAACAUAAUUGGGGUUUAGUUUUUGUAGACUGAAGCUCCAUGUUUUAAACCCUGAAAUACUAUGAAAAUAACUUUUAUGGAAUAGAUUUGCCUCAUGGCCAAGCUAGUAAAAACUGACUGGUUGGGAGUCUCAUUUUUGUGCUGCUCUGAUUCAUGCACAAGCAAUGCAAGUCUGGAAGUUUGGAAUGGAGCUUGCUGCCUCGUACCUACACUGCUAAUGUAGAUUAUCUUCCCAACAGAGAUAAACCAAGUUAUCACUCCCUGUGCGAAGAUGACAAAGUUGGGCUUCCUGCGGCUGUCCUAUGAAAAACAGGACACGCUGCUGAAGCUGCUCAUCCUGUCUAUGGCUGCAAUCCUCUGUAAGAACACAUACACUUUACAUCCCUUUCCGUUACUCUACACUUGUAUUCCAUACUAUUAUUACUAUGAGGGCCAUUGUCGCUUGACUUUGAUGGUACAACGAGUAGACAUGGUUUAGACUUGUUCUUUCUCCCCCUUUCUCGUCAGCGUUUUCCACCAGGCUUUUCUCUGUGUUGAGGUUCGAGAGUGUCAUCCAUGAGUUUGAUCCGUAAGUCCACUACCUGUUGUAUGAUGGUUCCUUAAUCCUCAGAUUCAUGGUGUUUUUUUUUUUUUUUUUUAGCAAAAUGGUGUUUAAAACCAGAAAUGGUGCAUGAUUUGCAUGCUUUUCUGCUUCAUCCUCAGGUACUUUAACUACCGAACAACCCGCUUCUUGGUAGAAGAGGGGUUCUACAACUUUCAUAACUGGUUUGAUGACAGGGCAUGGUACCCUCUGGGGAGGAUCAUCGGUGGCACUAUUUACCCAGGUAGGAAUGUUCAACACAAGACUGUACUUUACAUUAUAGGGUGAUUAUCUAGACAUUAAAAUGUUCUCUCUAAAAAAAAAAAAAAUGUCCUGUGUUUAGGUGGCUUUGGGUAAUCAAGUCCUUCUGUCACCCUUUUUUUUCCUCCUCUGUCAUAUAGAUCCUUUCUGUGAUUGUUUUGGCCUAUCCCACACAUUCUUUGGCAACAGCAAGCUGACACUGCUAGUAGCUACAGUACUUGCCCUUUGUUAACUCUUUCUGUCCUGUUCCUCCAGGCCAUUUUCCGUACCUCAUUGCAGUAGGCAGGUUGGCAGGUGUGGACUUGUCCUGUGUUCACUAUUUGUGUCCUGCCCUGUUCCCCCAGGCCUGAUGAUCACCUCUGCUGCCCUGUACCACGUCCUGAACUUCUUCCACAUCACCAUCGACAUCCGUAAUGUCUGUGUCUUCCUGGCUCCCCUCUUCUCCUCAUUCACUGCCAUAGUCACCUACCACUUCACCAAGGAGCUCAAGGUAGGUUGCAGCACACCUGGGUCCUGUUCAGGAGGUAGAAAACAUAAAGAAAUUGUGGGAAACAGGGAGGUAGCCUACAACGUGAAAAUGCUCAAGAGCUCUGAAAUGUACUUGUUUCCAUGGCUUUCAUAUCUACUGUCUACUUCUUGUAGGAUGCAGGAGCUGGGCUCUUGGCUGCUGCCAUGAUAGCGGUGGUACCUGGCUACAUUUCCCGUUCUGUCGCAGGCUCCUAUGACAAUGAAGGUACAGAAAUAGCCUCAUCCCCAUGGACAUGCCCCUCUAAAGGACUUGGCCCUUGUUGUGGUCUUUAAUAUAAUGUAUUGUUUUUCUGUCCAGGUAUUGCCAUCUUUUGCAUGCUGCUGACGUACUACAUGUGGAUCAAGGCAGUCAAUACAGGCUCCAUCUACUGGUCCUCCAUGUGUGCCCUGGCCUACUUCUACAUGGUGAGACUAACGAAUAAAUAAAUGAUGAGGAACUUUAACAAUCGAGAGUACUUAGAAACUGAAUGUUACAGUAACUUAGUCCCUGCUAAAGGUUGUGACGCUCCUCUCAUGGUGCUCAUCUGAAGGAGGCUUUCCUUGGCUGCGUUCAAGAUGAAGAAAAAAUAUAAAACGGUUUGCAUCGUUAUAAUACGUAGCAAAAACGUUAAACCAACUGGACACACCCUUUGUCUUUGUGUCUGUAGGUGUCCUCCUGGGGUGGCUAUGUGUUCCUGAUCAACCUCAUCCCCCUCCACGUGCUGGUCCUCAUGCUCACCGGCCGCUUCUCCCACCGUAUUUACGUGGCCUAUUGCACCGUCUACUGCCUGGGAACCAUCCUCUCCAUGCAGAUCUCUUUCGUCGGCUUCCAGGUAAAAAACCCUUCUCCCUUCCUUCGCAUAGACACAGCAGCUGCCCAGAUGUUGCUCCGACUGGAGCAGUCAGUUGUUAGACUGCAUGUCCAUUGCAUGUUAUCUUGUGAAGACCGCAUGGGUCCAUGAAUAUGUUGGCCCAAUAUGAUUAUUUACAAUGAUUAAGCCAUUAUAUAUUGUAUGAUCAGUCAUUUUUGCUGGUGGAGAGAUAUUGGGAACACACACACAGUUCAUUCACCUGCUUGUCUCCCUCUCAUGGCCAUUGAAGCCAGUGCAGUCGUCUGAGCACAUGGCAGCAUUCGGGGUGUUUGGCCUGUGUCAGAUUCAUGCCUUUGUGGACUACCUGCGCAGCAAGCUAAACGCCCAGCAGUUUGAGGUCCUAUUCAAGAGCAUCUUAUCCCUGGUGGGCUUCGUACUGCUCUCUGUGGGCACCGUGCUCAUGCUAACUGGUAAGAGGCUCGCCAAGGAUCCACUCAUGAAAAUACACUCAAUCAAGUACAGUUCAAGUAUUUGAACGAAAACCAAUACUGCUGUAUUUUAAUUCAGGUCUGCCACUCGGACAGGCCUGGGCGAUGCCUCUACUCUACUCAGUAAUGUAGGCUUCUAUUUACAGGCCUGUAUGCAGUGGUGGAAAAAGUACUCAAUUGUCAUACUUGAGUGAAAGUAAAGAUACCUUAAUAGAAAAUGACUCAAGUAAAAGUGAAAGUCACCCAGUAAAAUACUAGUUGAGUAAAAGUAUUUGGUUUUAAAUAUACUUAAGUAUCAAAAGUAAAUUGAAUUGCUCAAAUGUACUUAAGUAUCAAAAGUAAAAGUAUAAACCAUUUCAAAUUCCUUAUAUUAAGCAAACCAGACGGCACCAUUUUUGUAUUUUUUUUUUAUUGACGGCUAGCCAGGGGCACGCUCCAACACUCCAACAUAAUUGACAAACUAAGCAUUUGUGUUUAGUGUGUCCGCCAGAUCAGAGGCAGUAGGGAUGACCAGGGAUGUUCUCUUGAUAAGUGUGUGAAUUGGACCAUUUUCCGAGUACUUUUGGGUGUCAGGGAAAAUGUAUGGAGUAAAAAGUAACAUUAUUUUCUUUAGGAAUGUAGUAAAGUACAGAUACCCCAAAAAACUACUUUAGUACUUUUAAGUAUUUUUACUUAAGUACUUUACACCACUGCCUGUAUGGUCGUUCAAAGCUCGUUACAUUUCUCUAUCAACACAUUUGCCCUAUACAUUUGAGAUUCUCCUGAUUUUUAAAAUGCCUUUUUUUUAGGAACAUAUCGAUAUGAUUUAAGAAAAUGCAAAACAGUAUACCCGUUAAGUAUCAGACCUACAGUAAGUGGUUUGGUAGUGCCUUUUUAUUCGACAUGACUUUGUUGUGAUUGUUGCGUUUCUCAGGGAAGAUCUCCCCCUGGACGGGUCGUUUCUACUCGCUGCUGGACCCAUCUUACGCCAAGAACAACAUCCCCAUCAUCGCCUCUGUGUCUGAGCACCAGCCCACCACCUGGUCCUCCUACUACUUUGACCUGCAGCUGCUCGUCUUCAUGUUCCCAGGUACAUACAGUGAGAGAAAAAAGUACAGUGGGGAAAAAAAGUAUUUAGUCAGCCACCAAUUGUGCAAGUUCUCCCACUUAAAAAGAUGAGAGAGGCCUGUAAUUUUCAUCAUAGGUACAUGUCAACUAUGACAGACAAAAUGAGAAGAAAAAAAUCCAGAAAAUCAUUGUAGGAUUUUUAAUGAAUUUAUUUGCAAAUUAUGGUGGAAAAUAAGUAUUUGGUCAAAAAACAAAAGUUUCUCAAUACUUUGUUAUAUACCCUUUGUUGGCAAUGACACAGGUCAAAAGUUUUCUGUAAGUCUUCACAAGGUUUUCACACACUGUUGCUGGUAUUUUGGCCCAUUCCUCCAUGCAGAUCUCCUCUAGAGCAGUGAUGUUUUGGGGCUGUCGCUGGGCAACACAGACUUUCAACUCCCUCCAAAGAUUUUCUAUGGGGUUGAGAUCUGGAGACUGGCUAGGCCACUCCAGGACCUUGAAAUGCUUCUUACGAAGCCACUCCUUCAUUGCCCGGGCGGUGUGUUGGGGAUCAUUGUCAUGCUGAAAGACCCAGCCACGUUUCAUCUUCAAUGCCCUUGCUGAUGGAAGGAGGUUUUCACUCAAAAUCUCACGAUACAUGGCCCCAUUCAUUCUUUCCUUUACACGGAUCAGUCGUCCUGGUCCCUUUGCAGAAAAACAGCCCCAAAGCAUGAUGUUUCCACCCCCAUGCUUCACAGUAGGUAUGGUGUUCUUUGGAUGCAACUCAGCAUUCUUUGUCCUCCAAACACGACGAGUUGAGUUUUUACCAAAAAGUUAUAUUUUGGUUUCAUCUGACCAUAUGACAUUCUCCCAAUCCUCUUCUGGAUCAUCCAAAUGCACUCUAGCAAACUUCAGACGGGCCUGGACAUGUACUGGCUUAAGCAGGGGGACACGUCUAGCACUGCAGGAUUUGAGUCCCUGGCGGCGUAGUGUGUUACUGAUGGUAGGCUUUGUUACUUUGGUCCCAGCUCUCUGCAGGUCAUUCACUAGGUCCCCCCGUGUGAUUCUGAGAUUUUUGCUCACCGUUCUUGUGAUCAUUUUGACCCCACGGGGUGAGAUCUUGCGUGGAGCCCCAGAUCGAGGGAGAUUAUCAGUGGUCUUGUAUGUCUUCCAUUUCCUAAUAAUUGCUCCCACAGUUGAUUUCUUCAAACCAAGCUGCUUACCUAUUGCAGAUUCAGUCUUCCCAGCCUGGUGCAGGUCUACAAUUUUGUUUUUGGUGUCCUUUGACAGCUCUUUGGUCUUGGCCAUAGUGGAGUUUGGAGUGUGACUGUUUGAGGUUGUGGACAGGUGUCUUUUAUACUGAUAACAAGUUCAAACAGGUGCCAUUAAUACAGGUAACGAGUGGAGGACAGAGGAGCCUCUUAAAGAAGAAGUUACAGGUCUGUGAGAGCCAGAAAUCUUGCUUGUUUGUAGGUGACCAAAUACUUAUUUUCCACCAUAAUUUGCAAAUAAAUUCAUAAAAAAUCCUACAAUGUGAUUUUCUGGGGGAAAAAAAUCUCAAUUUGUCUGUCAUAGUUGACGUGUACCUAUGAUGAAAAUUACAGGCCUCUCUCAUCUUUUUAAGUGGGAGAACUUGCACAAUUGGUGGCUGACUAAAUACUUUUUUUCCCCCACUGUAUUUGAUCCCCUGCUGAUUUUGUACGUUUGCCCACUGACAAAGACAUGAUCAGUCUAUAAUUUUAAUGGUAGGUUUAUUUGAACAGUGAGAGACAGAAUAACAACAAAAACAUCCAGAAAAACGCAUGUCAAAAAUGUUAUGAAUUGAUUUGCAUUUCAAUGAGGGAAAUAAGUAUUUGACCCCUCUGCAAAACAUGACUUAAUACUUGGUGGCAAAACCCUUGUUGGCUAUCACAGAUGUCAGACGUUUCUUGUAGAUGGCCACCAGGUUUGCACACAUCUCAGGAGGGAUUUUGUCCCACUCCUCUUUGCAGAUCUUCUCCAAGUCAUUAAGGUUUCGAGCCUGACGUUUGGCAACUCGAACCUUCAGGUCCCUCCACAGAUUUUCUAUGGGAUUAAGGUCCUGGAGACUGGCUAGGCCACUCCAGGACCUUAAUGUGCUUCUUCUUGAGCCACUCCUUUGUUGCCUUGGCCGUGUGUUUUGGGUCAUUGUCAUGCUGGAAUACCCAUCCACGACCCAUUUUCAAUGCCCUGGCUGAGGGAAGGAGGUUCUCACCCAUUUGACGGUACAUGGCCCUGUCCAUCGUCCCUUUGAUGCGGUGAUGUUGUCCUGUCCCCUUAGCAGAAAAACACCCCCAAAGCAUAAUGUUUCCACCUCCAUGUUUGAUGGUGUUCUUGGGGUCAUAGGCAGCAUUCCUCCUCGUCCAAACACGGCGAGUUGAGUUGAUGCUAAAGAGCUCGAUUUUGGUCUCAUCUGACCACAACACUUUCACCCAGUUCUCCUCUGAAUCAUUCAGAUGUUCAUUGGCAAACUUCAGACGGCCCUGUAUAUGUGCUUUCUUGAGCAUGGGGACCUUGCGGGCGCUGCAGGAUUUCAGUCCUUCACGGCGUAGGGUGUUACCAAUUGUUUUCUUGGUGACUAUGGUCCCAGCUGCUUUGAGAUCAUUGACAAGAUCCUCCCGUGUAGUUCUGGGCUGAUUCCUCACUGUUCUCAUGAUCAUUGCAACUCCACAAGGUGAGAUCUUGCAUGGAGCCCCAGGCCGAGGGAGAUUGACAGUUAUUUUGUGUUUCUUCCUUUUGCGAGUAAUCGCACCAACUGUUGUCACCUUCUCACCAAGCUGCUUGGCGAUGGUCUUGUAGCCCAUUCCAGCCUUGUGUAGGUCUACAAUCUUGUCCCUGACAUCCUUGGAGAGCUCUUUGGUCUUGGCCAUGGUGGAGAGUUUGGAAUCUGAUUGAUUGAUUGCUUCUGUGGACAGGUGUCUUUUAUACAGGUAACAAACUGAGAUUAGGAGCACUCCCUUUAAGAGUGUGCUCCUAAUCUCAGCUUGUUACCUGUAUAAAAGACACCUGGGAGCCAGAAAUCUUUCUGAUUGAGAAGGGGGUCAAAUACUUAUUUCCCUCAUUAAAAUGCAAAUCAAUUUAUAACAUUUUUGACAUGCGUUUUUCUGGAUUUUUUUGUUGUUAUUCUGUCUCUCACUGUUCAAAUAAACGUACCAUUAAAAUUAUAGACUGAUCAUUUAUUUGUCAGUGGGCAAAUGUACAAAAUCAGCAGGGGAUCAAAUACUUUUUUCCCUCACUGUAGAUUAUUCUCAAUCAGCCUUGAAUAUUCGUCAAUCUUGCUGGUGAAAUUAUGUUUAGAUUAAUGGAUUGAUCAGAAUACCUUUGGGACAAAGGUACAAAAAUCACUUGUGAAGAAAAACAUUGCACUGCUGCUUUAAUGAACCUGCUUUGCUUCCUCCUGACAGUGGGUCUGUAUUACUGCUUCAACAACCUGUCUGAUGCAAGGAUCUUCAUCAUCAUGUAUGGAGUCACCAGCAUGUACUUCUCAGCUGUCAUGGUAAGUCAGCUAGCAGAUUAGCUCUUGAAUGAGAGGAAUAUUUUAAAUGUAUGGUGUCAAAUAUUCCAAUCUUUCUGCUGUUGUGAGUAGUAAUUGCACAUGGUACCUAACUGUCAGAGGUCUAGUGUUGUCAUGAUACCAGAAUUCAAUACGAUACCAGGUUUAGUAUCAAAAUACUCAACCAAAAUUAUACUCGAUGCCGAAACGAAUAAAUAAAAAUAAUAAUGUAUGCACUCACUAACUGUAAGUCCACAGCAAGAAAAAUAAAGUGUAUUAGCUAAAGUCACAGAAUAAUCACUGGCCUUUUUAUUUUUCAACGUUGAACAAUAUGUUGAUAACUGUUAGAAAUAGAAUAUCUUAUAUUCAAUUUCUUUUAAAAAUAAAACACCAUAUUAAGUAACAUUUACAUUUUAGUCAUUUAGCAGACGCUCUUAUCUAGAGCGACUUACAGUUAGUGAGUGCAUACAUUAUUAUUUUUAUUUUUUAAAUACUGGCCCCCUGUGGGAAUCGAACCCACAACCCUGGCGUUGCAAACGCCAUGCUUUAACAACUGAGCUACAUCCCUGUGGGCCAUUCUCCCGGUCGCGGCCGGCUACGGCAGAGCCUGGAUUCGAACCAGGAUCUCUAGUGGCACAGCCUUAGACCACUGCGCCGCAGUGCCUUAGACCACUGCGCCACUUGUGAGAACAGAAGAAUAUCUUAAAUGUCCUUAUGGAAAACCAUAUGAGACACAGCAUACAAAAUAAUUUUACAAUUGCAUCUAAACUGUUUUUAAAUGUAAUUUGAUACAUAUCAGGGUUUACAUUAAUUUGACCUAUGAUUUCAAUACAGCUAAAUAAUUGUAUGUAUUAUUUGAAUAGUUUAGUUCCAAAACGACAAACACUUUGAAACUCAUUUUGUUAAGUUUACACACAAUGGAUUUUAUACAGCAUACUACGAUUCCGAGUGCAUUUCAACUCCCAGGGUGCAUUGCUACGCCCAGGGCUGCUGGCUGGCUAGUGGCUACUGCUAGCAAGCCCAGACAAACAUGAAGUAGUCUAAAUAUAUUGCUGUCAUAGUUAAAUGAUGAGUGCAUUUCACAUGAAUGUCAUGCUGAAUAUACUGUAUGUUAAUGUCAUUGCCACUCAAAAAUAAUUAGAUUUUAGUUGCUAGUAGAAUAACAUUACAAUGCAAAAUGUCAUUUGUAAAAUUGUUUGUCGUUUUGCCACUAAACCUCCCUUGCACUGCUUUGUAACACCUUUUGCAUAUUGGGUUCGGUGGGCUGGCCCUCCUCUGCUCUGGAAGCAAAAUAUUCUCAGUUGUCCCCCACGAUGAAAUCUGGGAGGGGACUGUGGAUCGUUCUCAGUUCGUUCGUCACGCGCGAUAUCACAGACAGCACUGGCCUGAUUUUGAUUAAACUUGGGUGAAUGAAAUGUCUUGCCAUAGAGAUCCGGAUUUACAAAAUUACACCGAUUGGCCCAAGGCGGGAGCUAUAGUAAUUAACUGAAAUUUGUGAGUCACACCAGAGAGGAAGAGGCGACGCGAGAGGGAUAACUGGGCCCAAAAUCUGUCUUCUCCAGCAGGUGGUGAUUUUUCUUUGGCACGACAUGGAGUACAGGGAGUGGAUUAGGUAAAAAGACUGGUACCCAGUGGUGUAAAGUACUUAAGUAAAAAUACUUUAAGGUACUACUUAAGUCUGGGUUUUUUAGGAUCUGUACUUGGAAAACAUACCCAAUUUGUCAUACAUAAAGCUACCUUAACAGAAAAUGACUCAAGUAAAAGUGAGUCACCCAGGAAAAUACUACUUGAGUAAAAGUAUUUGGCUUUAAAUAUACUUAAGUAUAUUUUAACAAUUACAUAAAUAAUUUAAAAAUUCCUUAUAUUAAGCAAACCAGACGGCAUGAUUUAAAAUUUAAAAUAAUUACGGAUAGCCAGGGGCACACUCCAACACUCAGACAAUUUACAAACGAAGCAUUUGUGUUUCAUAAAUCCGCCAGAUCAGAGGCAGUAGGGAUGACCAGGGAUGUUCUCUUGAUAAGUGCGUGAAUUGGACCGUUUUUCUGUCCUCCGACGCAUUCGACAUGUAACUUUUGGGUGUCAGGGUAAAUGUAUGGAAUAAAAAGUACAUUAUUAUCUUUAGGAAUGUAGUGAAGUAAAAGUUGUCAAAUAUAAUUAGUAAAGUACAGAUACUGCUAUCAUCCUAUUUUACCACUUCAACAAAUAUUUUCCCAAACAUUACUUUUCUGGCCCUCCCUUCUCUUUAUUUUCAACUCUCCAUUUCGCAGUUUCUUAUUGAAUUGAACUCCAACAUUGUCUUUUUUGCCUCCGUGGAUCGACGUUAACUUUUUCUGCCUGUUCCCAAAAGCAUUUGGCGAUUGGCGUGUAAGCUAUUGGGUGCGUGUACAGUUAGGCCCUAAAGUUUACACACUAAUGCCAGAUAGCCUAAAAUAAUGUAAGAAAAACCUCAAUGUAGCCUAUAGAUAUCAAUUGCAAUGCGAGAUUAGUGUUACCCUAUUGCCUUUUGUGCAAGCAGAUGAGCUCCCAGAAAGAGACUACGGAGUGGGUGUGUUUAACUGAUCCGGCUGCUUCUCUCCUCAGGUGCGUCUGAUGCUGGUCCUGGCCCCAGUCAUGUGCAUCCUGUCAGGCAUUGGUGUGUCCCAGGUCCUCACAACUUACAUGAAGAACCUGGACAUCAGCCGACCAGACAAGAAGAGCAAGAAGCAGCAGGACGCCACCUACCCCAUCAAGAACGAGGUAAGAGAGGAAGGAUACUUCACAUUUUAUUUGUCACAUGCGCCAAAUAUAAUAACGAGGCUAUCUACAAGGGGUACCGGUACCAAGUCAAUGUGCAGGGAUAUGGGGUAGUCGAGGUAAUAUGUACAUGUAGGUAGGGGUAUUUGACUAUGCAUUGAUAAUAAAGAGUACCAGCAGCGUGUGUGAAAGAAUUGGCCCCCAGAUGGCACUGUACAAUAAAUGUUUGUUCAUAACACUGAAAUGCAGCGCUGAGAAUGUAUCCAUUGAUACUGGGUGUCAUUCCAACUGAUGAAGUCAGGGGACACAUUUAAUAAGGGUGCAGUGAUCUAGUGAGAUCUAGGCCCGGUCCAGUAACAACCCCUAACCCCUAGGCAUUUGUGUAGAUCUGAAAGUCUUUCUAUUAUUCGUUCCACUAAUAUCCUGUACCAUUUUGUCCACCAGGUGGCCAGUGGGAUGAUUCUUGUCAUGACCUUCUUCCUCAUCACCUACACCUUUCACUCCACCUGGGUGACCAGCGAGGCCUACUCCUCCCCCUCCAUCGUCCUGUCAGCCCGCGGUGGAGACGGCAGCCGCAUCAUAUUUGACGACUUCAGAGAGGCCUACUACUGGCUCCGCCACAACACCCCAGAGGAUGCUAAAGUGAUGUCAUGGUGGGAUUAUGGCUAUCAGAUAACAGCCAUGGCCAAUCGAACAAUUCUAGUGGACAACAACACGUGGAACAACACGCACAUCUCCAGAGUGGGCCAGGUGAGGUGCUAAUUUAUUUUUGUAUUGAUGACUUGACAUGGGACUGAUAAGUGGGAAGAUUCUAUCAUCUGUUAAUUGCUGGUUGGUACCAGUAACUGCUGAACUUCAAUUAAACUGUUUCUGUUGACCGUUAGGCCAUGGCGUCCACCGAGGAGAAGGCCUAUGAGAUCAUGCGGGAGCUGGAUGUCAGCUACGUCCUGGUCAUCUUUGGUGGACUGACGGGAUACUCCUCAGACGGUAUGUCUACAAAGCCAGUGGAAACUAUCAAUGCCCAUCACUCUAUGGAUAAUCACUUUGUUGAAUUAUUACAUCUUCUUAUUACUACAGCUUCUUAACAUAUAUAUUUCAGAUUAAGUUAUUUAACUCAUGAUCAUUAGAGUUGUCAAUGCCUAAUACAUACAUUAGAUGGAGCACUUUUUGCAUGUCCGUAAAUAAACUUGAGAAUGUUACUCAUGCUUUAGGUCUGCUAACACUCCUCUGUCCUCUGUGCAGACAUUAACAAGUUCCUGUGGAUGGUGCGUAUAGGGGGCAGCACAGACACAGGGAAGCACAUCAAGGAGCACGACUACUACACCCCCACUGGAGAGUUCCGUGUGGACCGUGAGGGCUCCCCCGUCCUGCUCAACUGCCUCAUGUACAAGAUGUGCUACUACCGCUUCGGCCAGGUCUACACAGAGGCCAGUGAGUAACCCUGCAUGAUUAUAAUCCAUAUGGCAGGUCUACUCUGAAACCAUCUAGUAUACAGUAAGGGGUGGGAUUUUUCCUAAUUAAUCAGGAAUUCCUGCUUGUCUGACAUCUUCCUCUAUCCCUUGAAAAUAAUAUCCUAUUUCUCCUGAUUUUCAAUGAUUUCCUGAAGUAUCAGAGUGGUAUUAUACCUCAUAACAAGUUUCCACAGAGGACUGUGGGUGUCAAAAUAUGAUAUUCCUCUUCAUCAUCUUGGCCCUUGUCCUGAUGUUCUAACCCUUGUUCCAGAGCGCCCCCCUGGCUAUGACAGAGUGAGAAACGCUGAGAUCGGCAACAAGGACUUUGAGCUGGACGUGCUGGAGGAGGCCUACACUACAGAGCACUGGCUGGUCAGGAUAUACAAGGUAAACAACCCCCUUUCUUUCUGUGACUACUGUCUUACUCUCCUCUGUAUUUAUUCAGUCACGCCUGUAGAGUACCAGGCAAGUUAUUUAUAUAAAAUGUCUCUAGGUGAAUGUGUUGUUUUCACCUUGUCGGCUUGGGUAUUCGAACCAGAUAUCUUUCGGUUACUGGCCCAACACUAACCGAUAGGCUACCUGCCAUUACAUGUAAACCCCUCAAACUCCAGUCUGGACCUCGAAGCGAAUCCCACAGCAUUUUUUUCAUUGUCCCCCCCAAUCAGGGACUGAUUUAGACCUAAUUAAUUAUCAGGUAGAACAGAAAAUCAGCAGGCUACAGACCUCUUAGGGUAAGAGUUGAAUACCCCCUGAUGUACACUUAUUUUUAAACAACACAUUAUUAACACUGUCCUGUGUUUACCCCUUUGAGGUGAAAGACCUGGAUAACCGAGGGCUCUCACGGACGUAAAGCCCUCCAACCCAUCAGCGUUCAUGCACCUCUUUUAGCACACAGCACUGAAAAGCGUUCCCCUGUUGUCUACAGAUGAGUGUGAAAUUAAACUUUUUCAUUUUGUUUGUAGACAUUUUUUUUUGUGUGUUUUCAUAAUGUCCAAUCAAAUGUCAAGAAGUGAUUUCUGCAAUCAAUGGCCAAAAUAAUAUUGUCUGUCAGUGAGCUUUGAAUUUUUACAAUGUGGUCAAUUAAAGAGGCAUAAAUGUGACAGUGGCAUGUUGUCUGUCUUUCUGUUUUUGCUUUGUACAAUACCAUGCAAUCUUUGGCAGAUUCGUUUUUCCCAAGAGCUUUAUAGGAGUCAAUAUUUGGCAACCUUUUCAACUCAGAAUAAUUUUUGAUUACUGAAUACCAAGACGAUGGUAUGAUUUGAACUGUGGGGAAAAAAAGUACUAUAUAGGCAGUGGUAAUUGUGGUCACAUUUCACAGAAAAGGAACACAAAGGUUUUUCUAAAUGGGACACCUACACUCAUUUCUCAAGGUUCAAAAGCCUUGUUCACAUUUGCAGUUUGAAGUGACAAAAACAAAAUGCAUAUCCGAUUCUAAUCUGUUAUUUUUCCUGCAGUCUGAUCAGCCAAAAAGCACAUGAAAUCGGAUAUUUCAAGCCACAGAUGGUUAUUUAGCAUAGACUGUUUAUUUGGCAUAUCUUGUUGCUUGCUAGCUACUCUGUUGAAAGUUUGACAAGAACAUGCGGUAGCUAACUAGCUUGUUAAUUGUUUACAAACAAAUUAGUGACUGUGCUAGAAAGCUUAACAGAUGCCUAGCUAGCUAGUUGACUGCUGUGGCUAGCCAAAAAUGACUUGUUUUGAAAGGUGGAUCAUCUUAUCUUUUGAGGCUUUAGGUAUUCUUAAACUAUGAUUUUUAACAUUCAAAGCAACUGGGAAACUUCCAUGGCAGGCAUUGUUGGCACCUUAGCUUGCUAGAUAACUUCUGAGUGAUGGUAAGCACGAGCAAAAACAAAACUGAUUUGAGCAUUAAGGCCUGCAGUGUGAACAAGGCUUAAGUAACAGAAGAUGUUCAAGACCGGUCUGUUGUCUUGUAAGGCACUAUUUGUAAACAAAUAAUAAUAAAAAAUCUGAAUAUGCAUGGAAGGUAUAAAAAAAGCCAUCUAAUUUCUAAUCUAAUUUUGCUAGAUCGGGAAAUGUAUUAGGCUCUAGUCAUGAGCAUCACAUUUUUCCUCUGCUUGCUCUUGCAAGUUGCACAUAUGAAGCAAAUAUUUUUAUAACUAACCCAAGAUAGACCACAGCCUGUCAUUUCCAAUGGGAGCAAAUGAAUCAAAUUGGGCAGAAAAAGCAAGGAGGUGGGCAGAGCAAAGCACAAGCUAGCGAGAGCCUACUGGUGCUUUCUAUCAUGUACAGUGGCUUGUGAAAGUAUUCACCCCAUUUUUCCUAUUUUGUUGCCUUACAACCUGGAAUUAAAAUGGAUUAUUCGAGGUGUUGUAUAAUUUGAUUUACACAACAUGCCUACCACUUUGAAGAUGCAAAAUAUUUUUCAUUGUGAAACAAGAAAUAAGACAAGAAAACAGAAUACUUGAGCGUGCAUAACUAUUCACCCCCCCCCCCCCCCCCCCCCCCCCCAAGUCAAUACUUUGUAGAGCCACCUUUUGCAGCAAUUACAGCUCCAAGUCUCUUGGGGUAUGUCUCUAUAAGCUUGGCACAUCUAGCCACUGGGAUUUUUGCCCAUUCUUCAAGGCAAAACUGCUCCGUCUCCUUCAAGUUGGAUGGGUUCCGCUGGUGUACAGCAAUCUUUAAGUCAUACCACAGAUUCUCAAUUGGAUUGAGGUCUGGGCUUUGAUUAGGCCAUUCCAAGACAUUUAAAUAUUUCCCCAUAAACCACUCGAGUGUUGCUUUAGCAGUAUGCUUAGGGUCAUUGUCCUGCUGGAAGGUGAACCUCUGUCCCAGUCUCAAAUCUCUGGAAGACUGAAACCGGUUUCCCUCAAGAAUUUUCCUGUAUUUAGGACCAUCCAUCAUUCCUUCAAUUCUGACCAGUUUCCCAGUCCCUGCCAAUGGAAAAACAUCCCCACAGCAUGAUGCUGCCACCACCAUGCUUCACUGUGGGGAUGGUGUUCUCGGGGUGAUGAGAGGUGUUGGGUUUGCGCCAGACAUAGUGUUUUCCUUGAUGGCCAAAAAGCUAAAUUUUUGUCUAAUCUGACCAGAGUACCUUCUUCCAUAUGUUUGGGGAGUCUCCCACAUGCCUUUUGGCAAACACCAAACGUGUCUGCUUAUUUAUUUUUUUAAAGCAAUGGCUUUUUUCUGGCCACUUUUCCGUAAAACCCAGCUCUGUGGAGUGUACGGCUUAAAGUGGUUCUAUGAACAGAUACUCCAGUCAGCCAAAAUCUCGCUCCAUCUUCUCCCACUGCCGGCCACUGGGCUUCCUCUCAUCACCAUAUUUGGUGGUGAGUGGGAAUUCCACCCGGAUGCUUCAGAUCUAUACAUCUGGUGAAACAUCUGGCUCAUUGUUCUAUCUGUGUAUGUGUAACAGCUGUCCAGCGAAGACAAGAAGACUGGUCUUGGCACCAGUGUAACAGAUGUGAUCGGACUUCGUAACUCUCUUGGGUUAUGUUUUUAACAAAAGCACUGUCCAGCCAGCGAUCCCAGUUGAUUUGUGUUUAAGCUAACGAUAGACACAAGGAAGCACAUUACAUGUGCAGGACAACAGUAUGUUGAUGGCUGUAGAUUUGUAAUUCGUCGCUUGCAUAUCAAUAUCAGACUGGGAAGAAUUUACGUUUGCAAUGUCCCCCUAUCUGCAAGCAUGACCAAUGUCAUAACACCUUAAUGAUAUCUAACUUCAACCAACCAAUAUGAAUACAUAUUGCAGUGUCAAGUGAAAACAUAACCAACCCUGUUACAUAUGCAGUCUCUUGAACACUUUGUCAAACCACAUGUUGACUUCAUGAAUCAUUAUAAAAAGUAUGGAAAAGAAAUAGCAAGUAUAAUUGAAAGAGAGAAGUUAGAUGACAUGAUCUUUCAAUAAUGACACUUGAUGUGGUACACACACCCCACCCCCCCAACAAAAAAAAAACAUCAGAAUUUUCCAAACGCAUACAGUGGGGGAAAAAAGUAUUUAGUCAGUCACCAAUUGUGCAAGUUCUCCCACUUAAAAAUAUGAGAGGCCUGUAAUUUUCAUCAUAGGUACACGUCAACUAUGACAGACAAAUUGAGAUUUUUUUUCUUCAGAAAAUCACAUUGUAGGAUUUUCUAUGAAUUUAUUUGCAAAUUAUGGUGGAAAAUAAGUAUUUGGUCACCUACAAACAAGCAAGAUUUCUGGCUCUCACAGACCUGUAACUUCUUCUUUAAGAGGCUCCUCUGUCCUCCACUCGUUACCUGUAUUAAUGGCACCUGUUUGAACUUGUUAUCAGUAUAAAAGACACCUGUCCACAACCUCAAACAGUCACACUCCAAACUCCACUAUGGCCAAGACCAAAGAGCUGUCAAAGGACACCAGAAACAAAAUUGUAGACCUGCACCAGGCUGGGAAGACUGAAUCUGCAAUAGGUAAGCAGCUUGGUUUGAAGAAAUCGAAGACAUACAAGACCACUGAUAAUCUCCCUCGAUCUGGGGCUCCACGCAAGAUCUCACCCCGUGGGGUCAAAAUGAUCACAAGAACGGUGAGCAAAAAUCCCAGAACCACACGGGGGGACCUAGUGAAUGACCUGCAGAGAGCUGGGACCAAAGUAACAAAGCCUACCAUCAGUAACACACUACGCCGCCAGGGACUCAAAUCCUGCAGUGCCAGACGUGUCCCCCUGCUUAAGCCAGUACAUGUCCAGGCCCGUCUGAAGUUUGCUAGAGUGCAUUUGGAUGAUCCAGAAGAGGAUUGGGAGAAUGUCAGAUGAAACCAAAAUAGAACUUUUUGGUAAAAACUCAACUCGUCGUGUUUGGAGGACAAAGAAUGCUGAGUUGCAUCCAAAGAACACCAUACCUACUGUGAAGCAUGGGGGUGGAAACAUCAUGCUUUGGGGCUGUUUUUCUGCAAAGGGACCAGGACGACUGAUCCGUGUAAAGAAAAGAAUGAAUGGGGCCAUGUAUCGUGAGAUUUUGAGUGAAAACCUCCUUCCAUCAGCAAGGGCAUUGAAGAUGAAACGUGGCUGGGUCUUUCAGCAUGACAAUGAUCUCAAACACACCGCCCGGGCAACGAAGGAGUGGCUUCGUAAGAAGCAUUUCAAGGUCCUGGAGUGGCCUAGCCAGUCUCCAGAUCUCAACCCCAUAGAAAAUCUUUGGAGGGAGUUGAAAGUCCGUGUUGCCCAGUGACAGCCCCAAAACAUCACUGCUCUAGAGGAGAUCUGCAUGGAGGAAUGGGCCAAAAUACCAGCAACAGUGUGUGAAAACCUUGUGAACUUACAUAAAACGUUUGACCUGUGUCAUUGCCAACAAAGGGUAUAUAACAAAGUAUUGAGAAACUUUUGUUAUUGACCAAAUACUUAUUUUCCACCAUAAUUUGCAAAUAAAUUCAUAAAAAAUACUACAAUGUGAUUUUCUGGAUUUUUUUUCUCAUUUUGUCUGUCAUAGUUGACGUGUAGCUAUGAUGAAAAUUACAGGCUUCUCUCAUCUUUUUAAGUGGGAGAACUUGCACAAUUGGUGGCUGACUAAAUACUUUUUUUCCCCCACUGUAUGCUUCUUCGUUGCAAGGGUUCAAUAGUUUACUUAGGUUGUUGGUGAUAAUUUCUCUGAAACAAAGUGAAGCCUGGCCUAGUUAUGGCUUGUGCUCUGUCACAAAUGUGGUUGGCAGGUGGGUAUGAUGCCUUGGUGGAGGUGUACUAUUUUUAUUUAUUUUACCCCCAAAGGUCGAUGUCCGCGCCCCUGUGGAAAUCUAAUUAGCAUAAUACAAAACUGACCAUAAAAAUAUUUUGCUGCUUGAAGAAGAAAUUGGCUGAUGGAGAAGUGUGGAAGGGGCAAGGGGGACAUCAGACAUUUCUUUGGGUGUCAACAUGUUGGCCCUGAUUUUUGGAGUGGGAAUUUGGAUACACUUAUUUUACAGUUACUAUCCUGUCUUAGAGGAACUGUAGGAAAAGGGACACUGUAUCCCAUGCAUCCCUUGCCCUUCUCAAAAUUAAAGCAUGAAAUCAAGCUUUGCAUUUGGUUGUUCUUCUUUUGGUACCACUUUUGUUGCCUCAUGUAGAAACAUGAAGUAACUAAGUUUAACUGGGUUUAACCACACAGUUACUAUAGUUAUAGAAUCUACUUUUACAAGGGCAUGCAAUAUAGUGUGAGAAAGACGUGUUCCUUUUCUUUCAUAAAAAACUAUUCAUUCAUAAUUUACAUAAUUUACAUGGUGGCCAGCUGCAGUGUUAGUCUCUGAAUGUUUGACAUUUUCAAGGUAAAAUCUAGGAGGAUGUUUUACCAAUAAUUUAGUUUAUUCAUUUGUACAUGAAAGAAAGAAAUAAAAGCAGAAUAUGCAGGAGAUUGAUAUACCCAUAUAUACACUACCGGUCAAAAGUUUUAGGGUUUUUCUUUAUUUUUACUAUUUUCUACAUUGUAGAAUAAUAGUGAAGAUAUCAAAACUAUGAAAUAACACAUAUGGAAUCAUGUAGUAACCAAGAUUCUCUGGUCUGAUGAAACCAAGGUUGAACUCUUUGGCCUGAAUACCAAGUGUCACGUCUGGAGGAAACCUGGCACCCUCCCUACUGUCAAACAUGGUGGUGUCAGCAUCAUGCUGUGGGGAUGAUUUUUCAGCGGCAUGGACUGGGAGUCUAGUCAGGAUCAAGGGAAAGAUUAACAGAAAAAGUACAGAGAGAUCCUUGAUAAAAAACCUGCUCAGGACCUCAGACUGGGGCGAAGGUUCACCUUCCAACAGGACAACAACCCUAAGCACGCAGCCCUCGACAAUGCAGGAGUGGCUUCGGGGCCAAGUCUCUGAAUGUCCUUGAGUGGCCCAGCCAGAACCCGGACUUGAACCCGAUCUAAAAUCUCUGGAGAGACCUGAAAAUUAGCUUUGCUGCGACGCACCCCAUCCAACCUGACAGAGCUGGAGAGGAUCUGCAGAGAAGAAUGGGAGAAACUCCCCAAAUACAGGUGUGCCAAGCUUGUAGUGUCAUACCCAAUAAUAUAUUUUGUACUUUAUUUUUCAGGGAGUCUGAGACCAAGAUCUCUUUUACAGAUGGGCCCUGAAUGACAUAAAUUACAGAAAAUACAGCUGAUUUUCCUAACUCCGUAGAGACCAAAGGAAUUUCCAGAGUUAGUCAUCCCUGAGACCGGGUGUGGUAAUGUCUAAAGUAUAGUAAAGAUGUUAGGUACAGUGGGACUUUUUGUAAAAGGCCUUUAUAAAUGAAAACAAUGUAUCAACCUAAGUAACAUCAAAGAGGGCCAACCAACUUUCUGGUAGAGAAUGAACUGAUUAGUACUAAAAUUGUUGCUCAUAAUAAAGCGCAGUGAGCUACAAUAAACUGCAUUUAACGGCUUCAAUGAAGUGGUAGCUGCGUUCACAUAGAUCAGGGUUUCCUGAAGCCCAUUUUUAUUCUCAGCUUCUUAACUAACUUUUCUAAAUGCUUUUUAAAAGACAGCUUUUCAUCUAUCCAGAUGCCCAGAUAUGUGUAAGAAGUGACACAAUCAAUAUGGACACCAUCCAAAGUACAUAUGCUUAAAUCAGUUAUUUUUAUGCGCUCUAGAGAACAACAUACAAUGCCUUCAGAAAGUAUUCAAACCCCUUGACUUAUUACACAUUUUGUUGUUACAACCUGAAUUCAAAAUGGAUUACAUUUAUAUUUUUUUCUCACCCAUCUACACACAAUACCCCAUAAUGACAAAGUGAAAACAUGUUUUUAAACAUUUUUGCAAAUCUCAUUUACAUAAGUAUUCAAACCCCUGGGUCAAUACUUUGUAGAAGCACCUUUGGCAGUGAUUACAGCUGUGAGUCUUUCUGGGUAUCUGGAGAUUUUUGGUUCCAAUCGCCGUGUCUUUGUGAGAUGCGUGUGGUUGGACGGAUGAUCUCUGCAUGUGUAUUUCCCACCGUAAAGCAUGAAGGAGGUGGUGUUAUGGUGUGGGGUUGCUUUGCUGGUGACACUGUCUGUGAUUUAUUUAGAAUUCAAGGUACACUUAACCAGCAUGGCUACCACAGCAUUCUGCAGCGAUCCGCCAUCCCAUCUGGUUUGGGCUUAGUGGGACUAUCAUUUGUUUUUCAACAGGACAAUGACCCAACACACCUCCAGGCUGUGAAAGGACGACUUUACCAAGAAGGAGAGUGAUGUAGUGCUGCAUCAGAUGACCUGGCCUCCACAAUCCCCUGACCUCAACCAAAUUGAGAUGGUUUGGGAUGAGUCGGACCGCAGAGUGAAGGAAAAGCAGCCAACAAUUGCUCAGCUUUUGACCGGUUGUGUAUUUUGUUUACCCUCUGUCUACAAGUCCUGCGACCAGGCCAGUGUUUACACACCUGAAGUCUCAUAGGUUGAAGGUAGUCCUGCAUAUACAGUGAGGGAAAAAAGUAUUUGAUCCCCUGCUGAUUUUGUACGUUUGCCCACUGACAAAGAAAUAAUCAGUCUAUAAUUUUAAUGGUAGGUUUAUUUGAACAAUGAGAGACAGAAUAACAACAACAAAAUCCAGAAAAACGCAUUUAAAAAAUGUUAUGAAUUGAUUUGCAUUUUAAUGAGGGAAAUAAGUAUUUGACCCCUCUGCAAAACAUGACUUAGUACUUGGUGGCAAAACCCUUGUUGGCAAUCACAGAGGUCAGACGUUUCUUGUAGUUGGCCACCAGGUUUGCACACAUCUCAGGAGGGAUUUUGUCCCACUCCUCUUUGCAGAUAUUCUCCAAGUCAUUAAGGUUUAGAGGCUGACGUUUGGCAACUCGAACCUUCAGCUCCCUCCACAGAUUUUCUAUGGGAUUAAGGUCUGGAGACUGGGUAGGCCACUCCAGGACCUUAAUGUGCUUCUUCUUGAGCCACUCAUUUGUUGCCUUGGCCAUGUGUUUUGGGUCAUUGUCAUGCUGGAAUACCCAUCCACGACCCAUUUUCAAUGCCCUGGCUGAGGGAAGGAGGUUCUCACCCAAGAUUUGACGGUACAUGGCCCCGUCCAUCGUCCCUUUGAUGUGGUGAAGUUGUCCUGUCCCCUUAGCAGAAAAACACCCCCAAAGCAUAAUGUUUCCACCACCAUGUUUGACGGUGGGGAUGGUGUUCUUGGGGUCAUAGGCAGCAUUCCUCCUCCUCCAAACACGGCGAGUUGAGUUAAUGCCGAAGAGCUCCAUUUUGGUCUCAUAUGACCACAAUACAUUCACCCAGUUCUCUUCUGAAUCAUUCAGAUGUUCAUUGGCAAACUUCAGACGGCCCUGUAUAUGUGCUGCAGGAUUUCAGUCCUUCACGGCGUAGUGUGUUACCAAUUGUUUUCUUGGUGACUAUGGUCCCAGCUGCCUUGAGAUCAUUGACAAGAUCCUCCCGUGUAGUUCUGGGCUGAUUCCUCACCGUUCUCAUGAUCAUUGCAACUCCACGAGGUGAGAUCUUGCAUGGAGCCCCAGGCCGAGGGAGAUUGACAGGUCUUUUGUGUUUCUUCCAUUUGCGAAUAAUCGCACCAACAGUUGUCACCUUCUCACCAAGCUGCUUGGCGAUGGUCUUUUAGCCCAUUCCAGCCUUGUGUAGGUCUACAAUCUUGUCCCUGACAUCCUUGGAGAGCUCUUUGGUCUUGGCCAUGGUGGAGAGUUUGGAAUCUGAUUGAUUGAUUGCUUCUGUGGACAGGUGUCUUUUAUACAGGUAACAAGCUGAGAGAGUGCUCCUAAUCUCAGCUCGUUACCUGUAUAAAAGACACCUGGGAGCCAGAAAUCCUUCUGAUUGAGAGGGGGUCAAAUACUUAUUUCCCUCAUUAAAAAUGCAAAUCAAUUUAUAACAUUUUUGACAUGCGUUUUUCUGGAUUUUUUUGUUGUUAUUCUAUCUCUCACUGUUCAAAUAAACCUACCAUUAAAAUUAUAGACUGAUCAUUUCUUUGUCAGUGGGCAAACGUACAAAAUCAGCAGGGGAUCAAAUACUUUUUUCCCUCACUGUAGAGGUUGGUAUUGCCGAUCUCCGUCAUUGAGUUUACAAGGAUAACACAUUGCAAUGGCAGGGCUCUACGCUGACCUUUUUUACAAGGAGCACGUGUGUACCUCAGUUGAAAAAUGUAGACGCACACAAAGACAUUUAGGAGCAUAAUGAAAAAUAUUAAAGCUAGAAUUCUUAAUUUUUCUAGGCUCCUAAAUAAAAAUUGUCGCACAGCAAAAUAUUUAGGCGCACAUGCGAGUAAAAUGGUCGCACUGUAGAGCCCUGAAUGGUACUGUACCACUGUAUAAAACAGCUUCUGCUUUUCUUGAAUGUUUUUGCUCCUACAAAUUAAAUAGUGUUUGAAAUCAUUCAGCUUUAAUACCAAUUAUGUUAUGCUUUAUCUCCUAGCGUGAAAACUAACAGUGGGAUAUAUGUUUUCCAUUACACAAUUCACUAUAUUUAUUUGCAGUUUGUGCAGAACCAGCCCUUCAUGCCAAGGGACCUUCUGGACCAUAUCUUCCCACCACAGGACCCCCGGAACCAGCCCUUCCCGCCAUGGGACUCCCGGAGCCAGCCCUUUCCGCCACGGGACCAGCCCUUCCCACCACAGGAAUUUGGGACCAGCCCUUCCCGCCACGGAACCCCCAGGACCAGCUCAUUCAACCCUGGCACCUCU